AUGAAAUAUCUGGAUUCAGUGGUAAGAGAAGAAAACAAGAGUGGCUUGAUGGAGCUUGUAAUUCUUGUCCCAUGUUGUUUCUUCCUCGUAGCUUUAACAAAGUUCCUUUAUCAUUACCUGUGGGUACCUCUUCGUAUACAGCAUAUGAUGAAUUCACAGGGCAUCAAAGGACCUCCUUACAGAUUCAUCCAUGGCAACAAUAAAGAAGUUACCAAAAUGAGAAAGGAAGCAUUAAGCAAAGCUGUGGGCUUGACAGAUGAUUUAUUUCCCAGAUUACAACCACAUAUUUAUUCCUGGAUCAAUACAUAUGGGAAGAAUUUUGUUUAUUGGAAUGGCGUUCGAGCUGAAGUGGUGAUUUCAGAACCUGAAUUGAUCAAAGAGGUUAUGAAAAAUAGUGAGAAAAUUUUUCAGAGAAGGAAGCUUACAGAUGUUGGUGGGAAGCUCCUGGGAAAUGGCUUGUGUUCAUUGAGGGAGAAAAAUGGGCAAAGCAUCGAAAGCUGGCCAAUCAUGCUUUCAUGGGGAAAGCCUAAAGGUAAAUCCUCCAAAUCUAUAAAUUAGUUGUAAUUAAUUUAUAAGAAUUAUACAUAAAUGGCAUGUAAAGUUUAUUAUUUAAUAUGAAAAAUUU